GUACAUGAAGCAAUAGCAGGUAAAUUUAGUAUUCAAUAACUUCUUCACAUGUUACAUAGUAUCUUUUCAUAUCUAACAUAAUUUUUUCUUUGUUACAGGAAUAGCAGCUUUCUUUCGAGAUUUGUGCUCGAGAUCAUUAACAGCAGAUGGAAUCAGAAACUUGAAGGAAAAGAUUCCGAUAAUCCAAUGCAAUCUCGAGAAGAUUUUUCCACCUUCCUUUUUUGAUGUUAUGGAGCAUCUUCCAAUCCAUCUCGCUCGAGAAGCAGAACUUGGGGGCCCGGUUCAAUAUCGAUGGAUGUACCUGGUUGAGCGUUCUAUGUAUCAUUUCAAGCAGAAAGUGAAAAAUUUAAGCCGAGUUGAGGGUUCAAUUGUUUCACAAAGCAUCAAUGAGGAAACAUCCCAGUUCGCUGCUUACUAUUUUGCCCCCGAAGUACAAACUAAAAGUCGAAAACCAUCAAGACAUGAUGAUGGAGGGCAGAGAACAGUUUAUCCUGUCGAGGUACCUACCAUAUUUUCCCAAAUUGGUCGAGUAAGUGGAAAAGGAAAAGGUAGAAGACUCACCGAACAAGAGCACAUGCACUUACAUAAGUACAUUUUAGCAAACUGCGAAGAAGUAAUGACAUACGAAAGGAUUUACAUGGAGCAAAUAAGGGGUGCAUAUCCUAAUUACACUGAAGAUCAGCUUUCUGCACUAAAGGAAAACGAGUUCGUAAAUUGGCUAAAAUUCUAUGUAAGUUUUUUGAAAUCUAUUCUCUAUUACUUCUGAAUUUUUGUUUUUUUGUACAUGGGGCAUUACUUAAA